AUGCAACUUGUCAAAGAGUUUUCUAAAUUUAUGCAUGGAGAGUUUGAAAUGGGCCUCAUGGGAGAGUUAAAUUACUUCCUAGGUCUUCAAAUCAACCAAAUUAAUGAAGGCACAUUUGUUUGUCAAACCAAGUAUUGUAAGGAUUUUGUAAAGAGAUUUGAAAUGGUUGAUGCAAAUCCAAUUGACACUCUGAUGACUACAAACAGUAACUUGGAAAGAAACGAAAAUGGUAAGGAUAUGGGAGUAAAGAAAUAUAGAGCAACAAAACUACGUUUGUAUGAUGAUGCAUUGCUCAAGAUAGAAAGAGUUUCAAAUAUAAUUCACGUGUCUGAUACUCCUAGUGUUGGUGAUGAUAAUCCUGAAGCUUGGCAUACUCAGAUAUUUCGUUCCAUUGAUUCAACCUCUGUCGAAGGAUUUCCAAAGGAGCCAAAAGAUGCAUUGGAAAAGAAUCUAAUAUGUGGGAAGAAUGUGUUGAUUGACAUGAGCAUACAUACAGCAUAUGUAAAGGUCAUUCGUGCCGCGCAGCAUUACAUUUAUAUAGAGAAUCAAUAUUUCAUUGGUUCUUCAUACAAUUGGAGCGAAUAUAAAGACCUUGGUGCAAAUAAUUUAAUUCCAAUGGAGAUUGCCUUUAAGAUUGCCGAAAAAAUAAAGGCAAACGAGAGGUUUGCAGUAUACAUAAUUAUUCCAAUGUGGCCAGAGGGUGAUCCAACAGGUGCUGCCACUCAACGGAUUUUAUUUUGGCAGCAUAAAACAAUGGAAAUGAUGUACAAGACAAUUUACAAUACUUUGGUUGAAGUUGGGCUCGAAGCAGUGUUUUCUCCACAAGACUAUUUGAACUUUUUCUGUCUUGGAAAUCGAGAAGCAGUAGAUAUGCACGAGAACAUUAUUGGGUCUGGAAUUCCUCCCCCACCAAAUACACCACAAGUAAUCCUCGUUGCACAACUGGAAGUAGCAGAGCACAUUGGUUAUUUCAGCAGCUUCUAUCCCAAGCCACUCAAUGUCAUGAUGCACCUCAACCUAGCAUGCCAUCGAAUUCCAAUAUACAGGGUUGCAGCGUCAUUUGUAUGUUGA